CCUGCUGAUACUACCAGACUUCCCGAGAGAGUGCAGCUGGGAUUGCUGGAGGACGCUAUUCGUGUAGAAGAGUUGAGAGUUACAACACCAGCAGAUGAGUGUGCUGAGCAGGCGACCUGUCUUCCAUCCAUCCCAAGAGAUCAGCUUUCCAUGUUGCAGCAGAAGGAUGCAGCAAUAGUGAGGCUGAAGCAUUACCGACGACAAAAGAAGCAAGAGACACGACAAAUCCUACAACUCGUUGGUUACCUGGACAGCAUUGCAGAGAAGGAUGGCUUGCUUUUCAGAACUGUGCGAAACAACAAUGACCAGUUGAAACAGCUCCUUGUA